AUGGUUGUUGUAGUCGCCGCGCGAGCCACCCAGCAGGGUCUCUUCCAGGCAAUCAGCUUCACCUCGUUUCUAUCACAUUCGUGCUUAAAACGAGGGAGACCAUGCGCAUUCCUCUCCCGCCUCCAUUCCGCCUCCCCAGCGCUCCCCUCCCCGUCGAUCCUCCGCGUAUCCCCGCUCACGCUUCCCGCCAACGGCCUCCGCUCCCCCUUAAUUCCCGCGCCAUCGCCGCAAAUCGCGGAUGCCGAUUCGAAGAACCACCACGGAGCCGCGUCCAAAUCUGCUCUCCUAACAUCCGCGCCGCUCUUUCUCCUUCCAAGCCAGCAGCAGCAGGCGUCUCGUGGGGUGGCGGCUCGUGCAGCCUCUAAAUCCUCUCGAAUCAUUAAGGAUGCGUCUAAAAAAAAAGGCGGGAAAGUUGGUCUAGGAGGGACCGCGCAGGAAGCGAAGCAGCAGCGAAAGGGGGGUCGCGGACACGGCGGCUCGGCUUUCGGAGUUAACGAGUUUACCGGAAACGGGGGUCUGCUUGAAGCGGAACCGUCCGAUUUGGGCGAUCUGGGUUUAUCCAAGGACGUUGACGCGGCAUGGCUUAUUAGCGGGUCGCGAGACAAUAUCGAGGAUGACGUGCCGGAUUCCCCGUUUCUAGACGCGGUCGUUAAGGUGAAGCUGAAGCGACGCGGCGACGACACGAAGUUCGUCGCACGCGUGCUGGCGAUCGGCGUGGAGUGCGACAUUGCUCUCCUUGCUGUGGACGACGAAUCGUUUUGGCAGGGCCGCCAGCCGCUCAGGUUCGGCGGGCUCCCUCACUUGGAGGAUGCAGUAACAGUGGUGGGGUACCCGGUGGGAGGAGACAGCAUAUCAGUCACCUCUGGCGUCGUCUCUCGUAUCGAAGUAACCGCGUACGCUCACGGCGCGUCAGAGCUCCUAGGAGUGCAAAUCGACGCAGCAAUUAACCCGGGGAACAGCGGCGGCCCGGCUUUUAACGACCGCGGGGAGUGUGUGGGGAUAGCGUUUCAGUCCCUGAAAGAUAGUGACACCGAGAAUAUUGGGUAUAUCAUCCCCACGCCGGUGAUCUCGCAUUUUCUCGGGGAUUACCGAAGGAACGGGCAGUACACCGGUUUUCCCGCGAUCGGAAUCCUCUGGCAGAGGCUGGAGAAUCCUGCGCUCCGGGCAGCUCUGAAAAUGUCGCCCGGGCAGAAGGGUGUGCUCGUGCGAAAAGUCGACCCAACGUCUCGUGCUCAUGGCGUGUUACAGCAAGGGGAUGUGAUCAUGUCAUUUGACAAUGUCCCCAUCGCAAGCGACGGUACAGUUCCUUUCCGAACCGGCGAGCGCAUCUCCUACGGGUUCCUGGUCAGCCAAAAAUUCUCCGGCGAGGUUGCCCGGCUGGAAAUUCUCCGCGACGGGCAGCUGACGAAAGUUCAGGUGCAGCUGAAGCCGCCGAAACGGCUCAUUCCGGUCCACACGGGAGGGAAACCGCCAACCUAUUUGAUCGUUGCAGGGCUAGUUUUCACUCCGGCAGUGCAGCCGUUUCUGCAGUCGGAGUAUGGGAGCGAGUUUGAGUUUGAGUCGCCGGUUUCGCUGCUGCAGAAGCUGCUGCAUGGGCAUGCGGAGCAUCAGGAUGAGGAAGUGGUGGUGCUCAGCCAGGUGCUAGCGCAUGAGGCCAACAUAGGGUACGAGGAUAUCACCAACACGUGCCUCGUUUCUCUCAACGGCAUGCGGGUGCGCAACGUCCGCCAGCUGGCAGCACUGGUGGACGCUUGCACUGCAGACUGGGAGAGCCAGCCGUUCAUGCAGUUUGAGCUGGAGCACCGGCAGCUGGUGGUGCUGGAGACACGGAGCGUGCGGGCUGCUACGGGCGAUGCCAUGGCCGAUCACAGCAUUCCCUCGGACCGAUCGGAGGAUUUACGGUCGGCGGCAGCAGCGGAAGCAGCAGCACAAGAAGCAGCUGCAGCAGCACCAGCAGAAACAUUAGCCGUAACGGCACCAGCGGCAGGGGAGAUGGAUGUUGGUGGUGAAUCUGCAUCAUUGUCAUCUAGUGGGGAGGAUGAGACACCAGGGAAAGCCGUUCGCAUGAGGAGUGACGCCGUUGAUCGGCGGUGCGCGCUCGACGCGCUAACACCGCCGCACGAGAGCUCCCCCGGCAAGAUUCCGCACGACCCUCUUGCUCCGCAGACGCGCAAACCGCACCUCUCCUUGAACGUCCCUUCCCCCUCGUCAAUUGCGCGCACCCCCUCCCCCUCCUGCCCGCCGCAAGCCCCCUCAACCUGUACCACCGCGGCAGCGUCGCCCGCUCAGUCGCUCUACUCUCCCGGCCCCGCCUCCGCUCCUGCGGGACCUCCGCAUCUUCCGCCUUCUGCCUCGCUUCUGCGCCGCGCAUCCGCGCCGACUCUUCCGGAGCCGCAGCCGGAUGUCGCGGUGGUAUCAAGAACUUGUGCCGCCCGAGUUUCCGACAGCUGCAAAAAGCAAGCUGACGGGACGAUGCGGCAGGAGCAGCAGAAGCAGCAGCAGCAGAAGGAGCAGCAGAGGGAACAGCAAAAGGAGCAGCGGAAGGAGCAGCGUCGUGGGAGCGCCGACCACAAUCAUCCUGCGCGUGAUGCGCAGCCGCAACAGCCGCUUACCUUCGGGACCGACGAGCAAUGGGAGCGGAUCCUGGCGACGCGACGGGAAACGCGGCGCAGGGCUUCUAAUAGAAUUAGUAUGGAUAGUAUCGAAGUACGGGGCACUAUCGGAGGCAGCGCAACUACUGCGGCAAUGGCUGAGAAGAGAACGGCGCCGCCGCCGCGAGGGGCUCUACAGCGCUCCGGCGGCAGCUGCGACGUCUGGCGACUCGUCCCGUCGAUGGAUGCUCGCGAAUGCGACUCCCCGCCGGCGGGAACGCGCGCGCGCGCGGACCGUGACGACGCGCGGAAGGGGUGCGCUGGCUCCACCGGCUCCGCCGCGGGGAAGCGGACGGCGCGCCUGGGGAAGAGCGGCGGGAGCUGCGACAUGGCGCGGGUGGUGCAGAUGCUAGAGGAUGAAAUGGACCGCGAGGAGCACGAUGCGCGGAAGGGGUGUUCUGCCGCCACUGGCGUCGCCGCGGGGAAGCGUAUGGAGCGCCGCUGGGGGGUCCCUGGUAGGGCAACACUGGCGGGGAGUGGCGGGAGCUGCGACAUGGCGCGGCUGGUGCAGAUGCUAGAGGAUGAGAUGGACCGCGAGGAGCGGGAUCUCGAGGAGCGCGACGCGCGGAAUAAUAUUAUUGCCGCCCCCCAUGGCGGGUGGGUUUGGCGGACAAACCAGUUCCGACGUCGACUGAAUUGGUUCUUCCCUGGACACGUGGCGGAAAUAGAGUGGCGGCUGGUGGGAGUUCGCAUCUCAACACCAGUCACAGUGCUACCAGUCUCAGGGGAAGAACUGCAAUGUGCAGAGCCGCAGGAGGCACAGCGGGAGCAGUGCCAGUCAGGCAGAGCUUUGGGAAGGAGUGAGCGACCACUUUCGCAGCAUUAG